AUGGAUAAGGAAACCAAACGGUGGCACUAUUUUGGUCAGCCGUUUGUUGCCCGCUAUGUUCGCUUCAAUGUACUGACAUGGAGGACGCGUAUAGCAAUGCGUGUCGGUGUGAUUGGCUGUCUGUUUGACGGCCAGUGUCCCGACGGGUUUUUCCGUGUUAACAACUAUAGCGAAUGCGUGCCCAACUUGGCCUAUCAUCGUAGCACUUGGAUCAAUGAUAAACGUCACUCGUGGACGCACUGGGAGUUCGGUAACUCUAACUAUGCAGUGGAUGGUAUCAGCGGCAACAGUGGAGGCGCCGACACCUCCGCCGAUGACUACGAUCAACAACACCAACAACAGUCAACAACUAUGCAAAAGUGUGCCCUUUUGGACAACUAUUUUGUUGAGACACCCGUCUGGAUGGUCGACUUGGCCGAAACGGUUCCGAUUCACGGUGUAGUCAUAGUUUCGUGGCCACACCACUACAUUGAUAACAAUAUCGAACGGUUGACCAUUGCCUACGAUAAGAGCGCCAAAUUUAUAACCACCACCACUACUACUGCCGGCGGCGGCGGCGGCGGUGCCGUCAAUCAGACUCUAUCGGCGACAGGUAUUGGUGGUGGUGGUGGCGGUGGUGGCCAUCAUUCGCUAAAGACAUGCGCCCGUAUCGGUGCCGACCAAUUGCGCCGAUCGUCUCGUAUUCACGUGACCUGCGAUACACACGCUGUCGCCCGAUAUGUCUAUAUCAUUGGCUUCGGUGUCGACAAACAUUCGCGACAUUUGUUUAGCGCUAUUCUGUGCGAAGUCUAUGUCUAUUAA